AGCGCCUAAAUGACCAAGUAAACAACCUUUUUUUCGGCAAGUUUCAACUUAUAUUUUUAAAAUGUCGAGACAGCCGAGUCCGACAAGAGAUAAACGUGUUAUUAAUUUAGCAUCUGAGGUAGCAGAGACACGGGAUAGACGUAUUCCAAUUUUACUAUUGAGGCUGAAAGAAAUUCUCAGCACAGCUGUAGCUGGAAGCAAAGAUGGUAUGAGAAUAAGGAAAGAAAUAUGGGAAUACAAUCUUUUGCAAGCCCUAGUUCUAGUUUUAAAACAGGACUUCACCAUUGUGGAUGGAGAAUGGCAAAUUGCAGCAUCGCUGGCGGCUAUACUCAGUCAAGUAUGCACAGGCCUAGAUCUUCCUAGUGCAGAAGUAAAGAAGUUUGAGGAUGAGGUGCUACUUGAAGCUGUCAGUAAUAUGUUUUUAGUGACCAGGCGCAUACAAGCAAGAUAUGCAAAGAUUCCGGACAGAGCCGGCCACAUGAAAGAGAGAAAUAAAUUACUUGCAUGUUACAGAGGUGUAUUGGAAUCUGUUGUAUAUUUAGCCUCAGGUCACACUAGUGUGCCAAAGAAAGUUUUGGAAUGUCCAUGGUUAUUACAACUGCUGAUCACAGAUGACACAGACACAGUUGUAGCUAUCAUGGAUCUCAUACCUAAAAUACUCAGAGUUAACAGAAUUGUCCUAAGAAGUUUGAACCAGAAGUUAAUUCUCAGUAUAAUGGAUGAAUUAAUUUAUAAACUGUCUGUUAGUAAUGAAGUCAGUGUUGGAGCGUCUGCAUGUAAAUGUGUUUUGAGAAUCUGUGAGAGUCAUCGACCUUUAGUAGAAACCUUGUGUACAAGAUAUAAAGGCUUAAGGCCAUUAUUAGCCAAAUGGGAAGGAGCAGGAUUUAGUCGAGAUUUAAAAGAACUCCAUCUUUUACUCCAAGCAGGAAAUGCACAGAAAGCUGAAAAUGAGAGAUUUUUUCGAGCUGCUAUUACUAUCCAAGCUGUAUGGAAAGGAUUUAUUACAAGAAAGAAGCUUGUAAAAGCCAACAAAACAUUCUCAAAAUUCCAACAACAAUAUAGAUUAAAGAAAAGAGUAUUAGAAGACAGAAAAGUACAGGCAAAGGAAGCCAUAGAAUUACAGAGACAACUGAAGUUAAACAGACAGAGAAUAAUGAGGGAAUUCAAAGAAAAACAAUUACAUACUGUAGAAAUAUUACCGGCAGCCAUGCUAGAAAGAUAUAUGCAGAGACAACAGAAUAAAUCUGCUGUUCUUAUACAGAAAUCCUGGAGGGGUCAUCAUGCCCGACAGAGCAUGCAGGACCGAGAAGUAUUUGUUAAACGUUAUAGAGCCGCCAUUACUGUCCAGCGUGCUGUUAGGAAAUGGUUGAAGAAGCUAGAAGACAAAAGAAAUAAAGUUAAAGCUUCACUCAAACCUCCUGGACUGACUGAUGAAAGAAGAGUAGAAAUACAAAGAUUUAUUAACCAGAAUAGAGAAUUAAAACCAACUGUGUAUACAUCAAGAGAAGAGUUAGAACAAGGACAUAAGAAAGCAGCAGAAAUGUUAGCUCGUUAUUAUAAAUCUGCAAGAGUAAACAGGGAAAAACAGCACCACAGGGAAGCUUUAAUAGCCAGAUUAAAUGUAGAUUCUGAACUUGUACAUUUGGCACCACCAUUAAACAGCGUUACAGAUAAAGAUGUAGAAAUGUAUUCAAGUAGUUUGUUACCAGUAGCAACUAAAGCAAAAACAAAUCAUAUUGAACAAUUACGAUUACUACGGCAACCCUGGUGGAAAAAGUUGUGUGAUGAAUAUCAGGACCAGGAAUAUGUUGAUGAUGAACAAAUUAUAUUUUAGGGCUAGAAAUAAUUAAAUUUGUAUGAUAUUCUGUAAGGUUAUUGCACCAAUAUUGGUGAAAAUUGUUUUAAGUAGAAUAUUAUAUUUACAUGAUCUCGAAAGUCCAAAGGACAAUUUAUUGGAAUAUUUUUCACUAAUAUUCAUGCAAUAACCUUUUUGUUGUACAACAUGUACUGCAAAACUUUUGAAAUGACUAGAAAGUUAUGUUUUGAUGAUGUAAGUGUUUUUAAGCAGUAUUACACAAGUGCUUUUCCAUCGAAUAGUGCAUGCUAACUGUAGGAUACAUUUUACCAGGAAUGUUGUUGCAUUACAAUAAAAGUGUUAGAGGAAUGCAUUUGAUGAAGUAAAGGUUUGAUGGAGUAAAGGAAUGCUUUUGAUGGAGUUAAGGAAUGCUUUUGAUGGAGUUAAGGAAUGCUUUUGAUGGAGUAAAGGAAAAGAAAUAUUCAAAUAAACAAUUAUCUUAUUCAAACUGAGGACCUACACUUAGCAGCUGGUUACACUAUAUUUUUGGCUGUACAUGUAUAAGGUUUGGUCAUAUGCUUUGUUUCUAUGAUUACGUUCGUUAACACUAUAAGCGGUAAUGUAUUGAAAUGUUAAGGACAUUAAGCAAAUGAUGUGGUGGAACAAACUUAGAUAGUUUGAAUAGUUUUACAUUUGUCAUUUCGGGGCCUUAGAUAGCUGACUAUGCGGUAUGGGCUUUGCUCAUUGUUGAAGGCUGUACGAUGACCUAUAGUUGUUAAUUUCUGUGUCAUUUGGUCUCUUGUGGAGAGUUGUCUCAUUGGCAAUCAUACCACAUCUUCAUAUUUUUAUAUUGGACAAUUUUUUUAAAAAGAAUUUCUAGACUCACAGUUUGUAGUAUAUAAAAGUCGACUUUGUUUGUGUAUGUAAAUCAAAAUGACAUGUUAUUUGGCAUUGAUAAAUUUGUAAGUGUUAUUAAUAUACAAUAAAGGGUUUAAAGUUUUAUAGUAUGAAUAAAUGAAUACAGGUAUCAAAGAAAUAUACCUGGUGAUUUUCUGUGUUCAGCAAAUUUUGCUCUUAUUUUUUAUGGAUUUAUUUAUAAAGCUGAAAUCAAAGUACAUGAAUCAAGCAUGUUAAGAACAGUCUACCAGAGUACACUGUUACAGAUUUUAUUUCAACAGCUUGUUGAUUUCCAUCUAUACAAUAUCAGUCAAAAUAGAAUUAAUCUUUUGUAAGAAAAAUUUUGUAAAUGAUAUAAUGUUUGUUACGUCAAUCGUUAAUGUUUAUUACCAAAAACAUUUAUUACGGUAACAGAUAUUGAACAUAAAACCCUGUAUGAACUAUACAUUGUUCAUUGUGGUCUGUAAUAUGUGGCACUAGUUUAUACAGUCCUAUUUUAUAAUUGAAAAUUGCAGUCCAAGGUAUAUCUCAAUUUAGAUAAAAGUAUAAUAUUUUUGAGGUAACCAUAUUAUCACUGAUAUCAUUUAAAGACAAUUGCAUACAUAUUACAUUAUCUUACAUUGUAGUAAACAAAUUUUAUUUUUUUGUAGAAUAUUACAUCCGUCCACGUAUUGUCUGUGAUGCAUCAUAUAUAUAUUUUGAUGAUAAAUAUACUACAAUAUAUAACAAUCUUUUUUGUUUUUAUGCAA